CAUCAAAAAGCGACGUGACGGCUUGUUGGCGACGACGACCGUGUAACGUUGGUGUUCGGGAAAUUCCUGGCAGGUUUCUUUCUUUGGAUUUGAAACCGCUAUAUCGCCGUGCUGUUUCCAGUUCAGCUGUUAAUGAAUCCACUAAUUAGACGGAGACUUCCCCCGUCGGUGAGGAGUCUUCUGACAGACAUCGGCCCAAAGGAGGAAUGGACCGAGUCAGAGCCCGAUACAGUGACCAGAGAUGGGAUUAUGCUCCCGUCCAGAGGAGCUGCUCGUGGUCAAGAGGAGUUUCUCAAGCCGACUGAACCACAAGAUGAAGAGGCUACAGUCGAUGUCAGUAAUGCCAGAAAAAGUGCAGUCUGCAUGUUGUGUAAAAGCAAGCCUUCUUGUUACACCUGCCCUCGGUGUAACCUGCAUUACUGUAGCUUGACUUGCUACCAGAGUCCGGAUCACUCUGUCUGCUCUGAGGACUUUUACAAGGAGUCUGUUCUGCAGGAGUUGAAGGAUAUGGGGACAACAGAAACUGAGGGGAGAAAGAAAAUGCAAGAGAUUCUUGUGGGACUCAGACAAAAGGCAGAACAUACAGAAGGGGGGAUGGAAAGUUUGUUGAAAGAAGCUGGUAUUUUGUCAUGUGAUGCAGAUGAAGGGGAAGGAGAGACAACAGAGAAAGUGCAGGUUGUGGAGCUCCUUUCCAGGUUAGCAGAGCUUCAGCAGUCUGGAGGAGGGAACCCAACAGAGAUUGAGGCUAUUCUGAGAAAACUUGAAGAGAUUGGAGGAGGGGAGCCUCUGUUUGAAGACACAGAUGAGGACGAUGAAAGUGCAGAGGGGGUCCUGCAUUUGGCUGACAGGCUCUCGGGGCUGGAUAUUGACAAGCUUUCAGAAGAGGAGCUGUGGGAACUUCUCACCAGUAAAGAGAAAGAGAGGUUUAUGGGUAUGAUGAAGGGUGGGACUCUUGGUGGGCUGGUUCCCCUUUGGAAGCCGUGGUGGGAGAAGCAUGAAGGGGGAGGUAGAAGACUCGUAAAGGUGGUUGAGGAGGAAGUGAGUAAAGUGCAGAAAGAAAAUUCAACAACUGUGGAUAACCUGAACGUUUAUAGUAAAGACAAGACCUCACGAGAAGUAAGUCAGGAUCAAGGCCAGUCAGUAACAAAGUUAAGAAGGAGUCAAGGAGGAAAAAGAAAGGAAACAAGCAAGGGAAGUUCAGCAAUCCCUGGUGUGCCUUCAGUUUCUGCAAAAAUUCCAAAGUUGAGUUCCUUGUGUGAAAAUCCAUCUCCCCUGGUAUGCUAUGGUUUGGUUAAUGCACUUUAUGCCUACACCUUCACCCUGUGCCUCUUCAACAAUGACACGGAUUCACUCAUGUUUGAGUUCUGUGAUAUGAUUCUCGCUCUGUCCGAGGCGCUGAACUCAAACAGGGUGUUCAACUCUGCCCAGGACGCCCUAGACUGUGGCGAAAGUCUCAUUUUGAAUGGAGGUUACCUCGACAAAGAAGAUCUCCUCGCCCCAGCUAGGGCGGUGGAAGCCGUGGCUCACAUUGUAACUGGCAGAGAUGGUAAUGAUGCUACAGGAUACUGCCUGGCAGCCCUAAGCCAGCUUCGCUCAGUGCUCUCCCAGGCCAGAAAAGCACUGUCGAAAGAAGGUGAGGAAGGGGAAAGGAGACAGAAGUACUUUCUGGCAAGCAAAAAGUGUGAAUUCUUUCAAGCCUGGACGUUGGACAAUGCACAUCGAAUCCGCACACUUGCUGUUGAGUUGUGGAAUGAGUAUCAUAAAAGAGAGCGUGUAAGGAACAGCAUGGAGAGAGCAAAGACUGUGGUUGAGGAGAACUUAAAGAAAGAGAAGCACAAAGAGAAUCACAAGUUAAUUGAAGAACUGAGCCAAUGAUUUCUUUCUUGAUUUUUGUGAAAGAUUAUGAUGUUAUAAAAUAUAUGAAAACUGCUCUACCAAAAUGUGUAACUGUACAACCCUGUGUUCAAAGAUGAGCUUAGCAAUGUCAGCGAAGUUGAAUUUUUUUUAAAUCGCAGCAUAAAAACAGUUGACAGCUUAAAAUACAAGCAUAUGUUUCUUUAUUUAAUGAUUUGUUGCUUCACACAUUUAAGUUGUAGUUUCAAUGUUGAACAUUCCAAUGUAAAGAAUUUAGAGUAAAAGAAUAGUAAAUGAGAUAUAAAUUCAGAAAUAGUGUAGGUAUUUCUUUUUUUAAGCAUGUGAGUCAGAAUUGAAAUAAAGUGAUAGGAAUAGUUUGACAAAAA